AUGCUGCAGCCCCUGAUGUUGGGCUACCUGCUGCAGUACUUCACGCCCCCGCGCACCAUGCCGAGAGAAGAGGCGGUGCUGUACGCCGCCGCCAUCGUCGUCAUCACGGCUCUGAGCACGGUCUCCUUCAACCACUACAUGCUGGGCGCACUCAGGACAGGCAUGCGCAUGCGCACCUCCUGUUGCUCGCUCAUCUACCGCAAGUCCUUACGGCUGAGCCGCACGGCGCUGGGUGAGACGGCUGCUGGGCAGGUGGUGAACCUGCUGUCCAACGACGUCAGUAGGUUCGACCUGGUGUCCGUGUUCAUGCACAGCAUGUGGUGCGCACCAGUCACCGGCUGCAUCUGCGCCUACUUCAUCUACUCUAUGAUUGGUGCUUCCGCUUUCGUUGGAAUUGGCCUGGUCUUCGUCAUCGUGCCUACUCAAGCGUAUCUGGGCAAGCUCUCAUCGAAAUACCGCAGUCAGACGGCGCUAAAAACAGACAAGAGAGUCCGUCUCACGGAUGAGAUCAUUUCCGGAAUGCAAGUGAUAAAGAUGUACGCCUGGGAGAAACCUUUCGCUAAGCUAAUUGAGCUGGCCAGAAAGCUGGAGCUGAAGGUUAUCAUUAAAACAUCCUACAUACGUGGAAUUUUUAUGUCAUUCAACCUAUGCACCACCCGAGUCGCACUGUGUUGCUCAUUGAUCACGUUUGUUCUAACAGGAAACGACCUUACAGCAGACAAGGUGUUCGUUGUUCUGACUUACUUCAAUGUCUUGGCCCAGACAAUGUCCAUGGUUUUCGUUAGAGGCAUAGCUGAAUUAGCUGAGGUGCUCGUUUCAGUCAGGAGAAUCGAGGAAUUCCUGGCGAAUGAAGAGAUCGCUGAAACGGAAACAAAGUCCCGCGUGUUGUUGAACGGAGUGGACCACAAGGAAGGCAAAGAGGAGAAGGUAGACGACGUUGCGGUCCAGUUGGAGGGGGUGACGGCCAAGUGGGUGGAGAGCCUCAGCGACAACACGCUGGACGCCGUGGACCUGCGCGUGCACCGCGGACAGCUUGUGGGCGUCGCCGGGCCCGUCGGCGCCGGCAAGAGCUCCCUGCUGCAAGCAAUCCUGGGAGAGCUGACGGUGAGCGAGGGGACGUGCAAGGCGCACGGCAGGCUGUCGUACGCGUGUCAGGACCCGUGGGUGUUCGCGGCCACGGUGCGCCAGAACAUCCUCUUCGGGCUGCCUUUCGACCGGCGGCGCUACCGAGAGGUCAUCCGGGUGUGCGCGCUGCAGCGAGACCUGGACCUGUUGCCCCAGGGAGACCUCACCGUCGUGGGCGAGCGCGGAACCUCGCUAUCCGGGGGGCAGAAGGCGCGCGUCAACCUCGCCAGGGCUGUUUAUCGCGAUGCAGAUGUAUAUCUUCUUGAUGAUCCACUCUCAGCAGUGGACACCCAUGUGGGAAAACAUCUGUUUGAGGAAUGCAUUGUAAAAUUUUUGCAUCAUAAAACAAGAAUACUUGUGACACAUCAAAUACAAAAUCUACCUCAUACGGAUCAUGUUGUGCUAAUUGAUGCAGGGAAAGUCAAAAUUCAAGGGUUAUAUGCAUCAGUUGUACAAAACCCAGAGUAUGCAAUGAUGCUGAGCCUUUCAGGAAAAAACACAGAUGAAGAUGAGUCUGAAGAGAAUAAAUCAUCACAAACAUUUGGUAGGCAGCUUUCGAGAUUCUCCAGGCAAAUAUCUCGAGCAUCCACACGUAGCGCAUCUUCAUACCACGGAUCGCUGAUAGAAGAAGAAGAGGAUGAAGAAGCACCAGACAUGAUGGAAGCUACAACUAAAGGAGUGGUGAAAAAGUCCCCAUAUGUUGGCUACUUCAGAUCCGGAACCAACUACUUCGUCAUUUUUAUGAUAAUUCUGCUCUUUGCUUUGGCUCAAACCCUUGCCAGUGGAUCUGAUUACUUUAUUUCUUAUUGGACUACACAAGAAGAGACUAGAAUAAUGUAUAUGCAGAAAUUGAACAGUUUACUUGAUACGAACAGUUCUGCUGUUUAUGAUGAGUUACUGACUGAAAAUAACAUGACAAGCCAGGGAAAUAAAUCAUUUAAUGUAAUGGAGUUUGUAACUACUAAUAAUGAAACAAAUCAAGAUAGUCUGUCGAGUGGAUUGUAUGAAACCGAAACUCUUAUUUACAUGUAUGUGGCAAUUAUUGUGGGACUACUUGUCAUUGCAUUCACUCGCUCUCUUACCUUCUACAAUAUCUGUAUUAAAGCAUCAAGGAAACUCCAUGAUACAAUGUUUACUAAUUUGAUGAGAGCACCUAUGCGGUUUUUCAACACAAAUCCUUCAGGCCGUAUACUGAAUCGGUUUUCAAAAGACAUGGGUGCAAUUGAUGAAAUUCUUCCAAAGGCUAUUUUGGAUGCUACUCAAAUUAUUAUGACUGUAUGUGGAUCACUAAUUAUAGCAGUGGUCAUCAACUGGGUGUAUCUUAUUCCUAUUAUUGUCAUGGGUUUACUCUUUUGGUUUAUGAGAAAAAUUUAUCUGAGGUCGUCAAUGAACAUUAAACGACUUGAAGGAAUGACUAAGAGCCCCGUAUUUACUCAUCUUCUUGCAACUCUGCAAGGACUUACUACCAUAAGAGCCUAUGGUGCUGAGAGUAUACUGAGAGAAGAAUUUGACAAACAUCAGGAUUUACACACUUCAGCUUGGUAUAUGUUUUUGACGACGUCACAGACAUUUGGAUUCACAUUAGAUAUUAUGUCUACCAUUUACAUGGCAUUCAUUUCAUUCAGCUUCUUAUUUCUGGAAGAUCUGUUUAGUGGGCAAGUUGGACUCGCAAUAACGCAAGCCAUGAGCCUUACAGGCAUGAUUCAAUUCGGUAUGCGGCAGUCGGCAGAAGUGGCCAACCAGAUGAUGUCUGUGGAGCGAGUCAUGGAGUACCUUGGCUUGGAAGAUGAACCACUGCUUGAGGCGCCUCCAGAACAGAAAACACCCAAAGACUGGCCAUCAAAAGGGGAAAUAGAGUUCCGACACAUCUACAUGAGAUACGGGCCACAGACCGACCCUGUUAUAAUAGACUUGAAUCUGCGGAUUAAACACGGUGAGAAGGUGGGCGUGGUGGGACGCACGGGGGCCGGGAAGUCGUCGCUGAUCUCGGCGCUCUUCAGGCUGGCGUUCCUGGAAGGUGAGCUGAUGAUCGACGGCCUGGAUACAGCCAAGGUCGGCCUGCGGGACCUGCGAGCUCGCCUCUCCAUCAUCCCGCAGGACCCCGUGCUGUUCGCCGGCACGCUGCGCUUCAACCUGGACCCCUUCGACGAAUUUUCUGACGAAGUCCUCUGGAGAACUCUUGAUGAGGUGGAGCUGCGCGAGUCGCUGCACGACAGCCUGGGUCUGCAGACGCGCGUGCUGGACCAGGGCAGCAACUUCAGCGUGGGCCAGCGCCAGCUGGUGUGCCUGGCGCGCGCCAUCCUGCGCGACAACCGCAUCCUCAUGCUGGACGAGGCGACGGCCAACGUCGACAACAACACUGAUUCGUUGAUUCAGAAGACCAUUCGCCUCAAGUUUGCGCACUGUACGGUACUGACAGUGGCACAUCGUCUCAAUACCAUAAUGGAUUCCGACAAGGUGCUCGUAAUGGAUGCUGGUCGCAUGGUGGAAUUUGACCAUCCUCACCUGCUGUUACAAAAUAAGGAGGGAUACUUCUACAAGAUGGUGCAGCAGACCGGACCGUCCAUGGCAGAACAACUGCGAAGAGUCGCUGAAGAGUGCUAUCACGGUACGAUUCGCUUGUAAGGAAGCUGCAGAAGAACAAGCUGUCUAAAAUGCUUCUACCAUGGACAUUUAUUGAUUUAUUUAGCAUGCUGAAAAGUGCUGAAAACAAAUGGAAUCGGCGAAAAUUGUACAAAUGUACUAUAUUUAAUUUAUUUUUGCAAAUAUAUUAUUUAUAAUUUCCCGAGGUCUGUUUAAAAUAAAAGUGUAAUUUUUCUAUAAUUAUGAUAGUGGUCCUGGGCCACAGAAAGUGGAGAGACGAACUGCUAUGUGGAGAAACUCAAUGUCUAGAUUUUCAGCUUUUAGUUGUGAACUUACGAGUAUGUGAUUGACGUAGAAGGCACCACCAAUUCACCUAUGUCUCUCGUCCUUUUAGCAUAGCUUGUAGCAUGAUACCUGACCGUGUUCCUGUCCUAGUGUUGCGUACAGCAUUACAGAAUAGAAAUUCUAUUGCGUGAUUAUCAAAUAUAUAUCACGACUACAUUGCUGACGGGAUACUAGAGGCAAAUAAAACAUAACGACAUAUUUUAGGACUGGAAUACAAUGUUGAGGUUGCGACAGAGCUUUUCCAUAUUCAAAGCGUGUUUGCAGGUAUAAAGUAAACGAUAAUCGAUUUCCUGCUUAUUGAUACAACCGGUUUAAUUAUUGCAGUCACGGAAACCUGUCUCAACACUAGAGGAAUGGAAGACAGCUAGUUGACGUUUACGUUGUUCCUAUCGGCUGUUCAUAUUAUAUUUCCAUGUCCCAAGAAAGCGAUGAGAGCUGGAUCACCCAAUUUUUAACCACCAUAGUUUAUACCUAGCAUAAGCAUCUCUUUGACACAUAUUUUGUCAUAACGCACAUUGUACUAUUAGUGUACGAUAUUUCUGUAACAAUACGAGGAAGCAAUAAUUUAUUCGGAUCUAGCUAUUCUGAUCAGCUACUCUUGUCACAUUUUCUUCUUAGCAAAAAUAGCGCUGGUCAUUUAGGAUGACAAAUACCGUUCUAACCUAAAAAAUUGUAUUCCUUUUCGUCCGAUACUCUUUCUUUCAUUUUAUCCUCCAAAAAAGACCCCUCAAAUGGGAACUUGUUACGUGGAAUCUGAAUGAGAAUAAAACUCGGUAUUAACCAAUAUUUAUCUCUUAUACCUGCAUCCAUUUAAGUUUCUCGCUUCUUUGAGACAAGCAGAACAUUUAAUUUGUGUUUUGAAAUAAUGACUAGUUGAUGGAAUUUAUUUAAAAUUCUUUGUGCCAUUCGUAGGAAAUAAAACGACUCCUGGCACUCUGGCAAUCUUGAAUCGUGGAAUAGAAUCUCAGUGUUGAUUUCCUAUUUCAUUAUUAUAUCAAAAUAAAAGUGAAACUUCUGAAAAAUGAUUUGGCAAACACCAGAAUUUAAGUAAAUGAAUAAAUCUUUUCAAGAUUUGAUUAGUUUUAAACGAACGUGGCAGAAAACACAACAUGUAGAUAGAAUCAAAAUUAUACCGCCCUACAUCUAAAAUGGAUUAUAUCAAAUUCCUGUCAAAAUCGCUUCCAAUUUUUUCAUGUCUGUAUUGUGUACU